CAAAGCCGGCUUGGACGUCACAUAACGUCCACAACUCAAUUGAAUGUUUCGCAGAGUCGCAAGUAGACGCGCCUUCCGUAGAUUUGUGUCCGAUAUGGGUCCAUCUACAACUCCAAUCGAAGACGCGAUUCGCGCAAAGAUCUCAGAAGCGUUGAAGCCGACAAACCUAGAGAUUUAUAACGACUCGCAUCUACACUCUCACCAUAAGGCUAUGCAAGGGGUUGUCUCAAAAGAGACACACUUCCGAUUGGUGAUAAUAUCAGACGCUUUCAAGUCGAAGAUGCAACCCGCUCGACACCGCAUGAUAUAUAGUCUGCUCAAAGACGAACUGGCGCGUGAAGGUGGAAUACACGCGUUGCAACUGCGAACGAAGACACCAGAGGAAGAAGAGCGAACAAAGGUGCAAGAUGCCGGCGAGCAAUAGUGAUCUUGAUUGUUUUGACUGUUACACUUAAUCAAGUCAGGCAAAGUGCAGAGGAGUCCAGAGCUUCAUUGACGUUGUGACAAUAUUCAUCACUAGCUAUAGACUUACUUCUUCGCUGCAAGUUUUAAAACAAGCCCGGAGCUGAGCCUGUGCGGAGGUAUGGGACAGAACUCCUUAUAGCGACAGGGGUUCGUUUUGUAUUCUAUGGAGUGUCAUAUAGUGUACGUGCGCCAUGUAUUGAUUAGACCAUGCAUGGGGUUGUAUGAACCCUAAUCUCUGCUUCGAAUUAAGACAAUUAAAUACCAAGCUCAUCCU